AUGAGGUCCACAAUUCUAUAUACGAUACUAGCAGUAGCUUUCAGCGCCACGAGCAUCGCUGGAACAACUUGGAGUGACUCAUGCACGUCCAUUAAUGGCCAAGCAUUUCCCUCGCUAUUGGACGUUACCACGGAGGAACUGAUCACGGGACUGGAGUCUGGUCUGUUCACGAGCGUCGAUCUUGUGAACGCCUAUAUCGCCAGAAUUGCUGAGGUCAAUGGCACCAAUCAUGCCGUCACACAGCUCAAUCCAGACGCACUUACCAUCGCCCAAGCCUUGGACGAUGAACGUGCAAAUGGCACUUCUCGUGGUCCAUUGCAUGGCAUUCCCGUUCUCAUCAAGAACAACAUCGCUACGUUCGACAGCAUGGACAACACAGCCGGGUCAUACGUCUUCGCAGGAGCGAAAGUCCCCCGAGAUAGUACCAUGGCGGCGAAAUUGCGACAGGCCGGUGCAGUCAUCCUAGGCAAAACCAACUUGAGCCAAUGGGCAAACUUCCGGAGCGACAAUUCGAGCAACGGCUGGUCAGCCAUCGGUGGACAAGUCAUUGCUGCAUACUUUCCCGACCAGGACCCGAGCGGGAGCAGUAGCGGUAGCGGUGUGUCGAGCUCUCUGGCACUGGCCCAUUUCUGCCUGGGCUCGGAAACGGACGGCAGCAUCAUCUCCCCAUCGGAUGCGAGCAAUCUUGUGGGCAUCAAACCAUCCGUGGGACUCACUUCGAGGAGUCUCGUAAUUCCCAUCUCUGAACACCAGGACACGGUCGGGCCAAUGGCGCGAACGGUCAAGGAUGCGGCUUACUUGCUCAACGCGAUUGCAGGCUUUGACGAAAACGACAACUACACCUCGGCGAUUCCCUAUCCUGAUUAUGUGCUUCCGGACUAUGUUGCCGCAUGUAACUUCUCUGCUCUUAGUGGCGUCCCUGCAAUCCGCAAUUCGCCAUACGCUCCGAUCCUGGACAGCUUCGACACAUACGCCAUACCUCUCCUCAAAGCCGCCGGCGCGAUAAUUGUCGAGAACACAACCUGGCCCGGCUACGAUACCGAGCCCGCGAACCGCACCUCUGUCGUCCUCGAAGGUGACUUCGUUGCCGAUCUCAUCAAGUACAUUGACCAGCUCACCUUCAACCCGAACAACGUCACCGACCUGGCUGAUGUCCGCAACUUUACGCAAUCCUCUGCUCUCGAGGACUAUCCUGACCGAGACACCGGCGUCUGGGACCAGGCCCUCGACUACUUUGGCGGUCAGGACAAUACCACUCCCGAAUUCUGGUCAAACUACACUCUCGGUCUCGAGCUCGCCGGGCCGCAAGGCAUCAUCGGAUCGCUGACGAACUACUCUCUGGAUGCUUUGAUCUUGCCGACGUACUUUGCCAGUCACUUUCCCGCCAUUCUCGGCACGCCUGUGGUGACCGUUCCGAUGGGCUCGUAUCCAGCUGGGUCGAAUGUGACACAGAACAACAGGGGUGACUUGAACGCAACAGGUCCAGGGAUACCGUUCGGGCUGAGUUUCGUCGCGGAGAAGUGGAGCGAGGAAAAGCUGAUCGGGUUGGCGUAUGCUUUUGAACAGAGGAGUAUGGUACGGGACAAGGUGCAGCCAUUGCCGGAGAAUGUGCCUAAGACUGAGAUAGCCGAUGUUGUUGGGAAGCGGAAGGGACGGAGAGCUUCCGUGGAAGUCGGCUGGUCGUAA